CUUAGGGAAGAACCUCAGAGAAGAGGGAGGGAAGAAGAGGACGGGUAGGAGCGUGAGUGCAAGAGACACUUAUUCUCUUAACUACUAGGAGACAAGACACACUUUUCCCGGCCCGACUCAAAGAAAAAAAAAGGGGGGGAAAAACAGGAGCGAGAUUACUUUUUUUUUCUCUCAUACAAUAUCAUUUUAAUUUUUCUUUUCCCCCCUUCAUUCAACAAAUCAAGAAGCUGCCCCCCUCUGGAAACUUCACUGCCUUCACCACCACUGGAAGUUCUAUGUGUUGAUCCUCUCAUCACACCACCACAACAACAACAACAGCACUCUGCAACGACAACAAUAACAAAAAAAAAAAAGAAAAGAAAGGCUUACCUCAUGGAUUUGUAUCUGAUUGGAUAUUUGAUGUGUGUGUGGUUGUCCAGCUCGCGGGUGCUUGGAGGCUAUCCAAUCUGGUGGUCCCUGGCCCUGGGGCAGCAGUACUCGUCUCUGGGCUCCCAACCCAUCCUGUGCGGCUCCAUUCCUGGCCUGGUGCCCAAGCAGCUGCGAUUCUGCCGCAACUACAUCGAGAUCAUGCCCAGCGUCGCCGAGGGGGUCAAGCUGGGCAUCCAGGAGUGCCAGCACCAGUUCAGGGGCCGCCGGUGGAACUGCACCACCAUCAAGGACAACCUGGCCAUCUUCGGCCCCGUGCUGGAUAAAGCGACCAGGGAGUCGGCCUUCGUCCACGCCAUAGCUUCGGCAGGCGUCGCGUUCGCGGUGACUCGGUCCUGCGCUGAAGGAACGUCCACGAUGUGCGGCUGCGACUCCCACCACAAGGGGCCUCCGGGCGAAGGCUGGAAGUGGGGCGGCUGCAGUGAGGAUGCAGAGUUCGGGGUGCUGGUGUCCAGGGAGUUUGCAGACGCCAGAGAGAACCGACCGGACGCUCGAUCGGCGAUGAAUCGGCACAACAAUGAGGCGGGACGCACGACCAUCCUUGACCACAUGCACCUGCGCUGUAAAUGCCACGGCCUCUCUGGAAGCUGCGAGGUGAAGACGUGUUGGUGGGCGCAGCCAGAUUUCCGGAUGCUGGGCGACUACCUAAAGGACAAGUACGACAGCGCCUCAGAGAUGGUGGUGGAGAAGCACCGCGAGUCUCGAGGCUGGGUGGAGACCCUGCGAGUCAAGUACGCCUUCUUCAAGCACCCGACCGAGCGCGACCUGGUCUACUACGAGGGCUCGCCCAACUUCUGCGAGCCGAACCCGGAGACGGGCUCGUUCGGGACGCGCGACCGGGUCUGCAACGUUUCGUCACACGGCAUCGAGGGCUGCGACCUGCUGUGCUGCGGCCGAGGCCACAACACCCGAACUGAGAAACGCAAAGAGAAAUGCCACUGCAUCUUCCACUGGUGCUGCUACGUCAGCUGUCAGGAGUGUGUUCGCGUCUACGACGUGCACACAUGCAAGUGAGACGAGGUCUGAGCUUCUAGACAAACUGACUGCUGGACCUUCGAUUCCCCACCUCCUGCACGACUUCCCUGCUUCCCCUGACACAUGACUUGCACACACUCUGAAAUAUAUUCAUCCGCACACUCUCGGGCCCUAAUGGGUAAUGGAACAUCAGAAAUGGAUACUUCUAUACAUUUUUUCGUACACACCCUGCACUAGAAUCCAAACCACUACGCCGAUUUCCAUAAUCUCUGACCAGAAUGUGUCCUGUGUUGACCCGACUGGUAGUCCGGUCCACUCUUACGGGAAGAAGUUGUGCCACUUACCCCCCCGGUGAGAACCCCUUCCCCCUUUUGUCUUUAUUUAUUUCCCCCCUCCAUGCCAGCACAAUGUUUGUGGCAUGUACAGUAACACUUUUUACCUGUGAGAUUAAUGCAGUAAAAAAAAGAAAAAGAACAAAACAAACAAACAAAAAAAAGAGACUCUCUUUGCUUUUGAAUAAAAAGCAUCUUCUAACUAACACCUCACUUCUCCGGCCAGUCUGGCUGGUUUACCUUUUGUUGUUGUUUAUUUUUUAAAACUAAACCAACCUCUUCACCUUCACUUAGUCUUAAGUGAUACUGAACACAUCGGCAGCCCCAGGAAACCAUCACUAUGUAACUACUGAACUGAACUGAAAGCAGCAGGCAGGCAUUGGAAGUCCUGUCUUCUGCAAACUACUGAGCUGAUCACAUCCUCAGUGUUGCUCCUCCUCACUGACUGACUCUACUGCACCAGUCAACCGGGAAGCCUGGAAGAUAUAUGCUACCGUCUGAUUUUAUAGCCCCGCAUUUCUGAAAUAUUACCAUUGGGCUGGGACUGGAGGUAUGCAGGAGGGGACAUGCUCAUUCCACUAACUAACAACCCUACACAUGUAUAUGUAUGCACUAUUCAGUUACACAUAACUCCAGGUGGUAAAAAUUUGUUGUUUAUGCGAGCAAAUUCUUGUCGGUUUGCAAGCUAGCACUUCUCAUGAAUGACGGCUUUGUUACUGCGUUCGGGCACCUGUAAAAUUGCUCAAGAUUUACACAAGUGUGACGCAACACACCACUCAAAACUUAAAAGGAACCGGAGAGAGAUUAGCGCUCAAAUCACAGCAGCAGCUCACCUACGGCUGUUUAUGAAUUUAUGCAUCAAACUCCAGCUUUAGCAUGUUUACUAUUAAUUCUGGUCUUCUUUUCUAACUCUCCGUGCGUUCAUCGGGUCCGUCUUAGACUUUUAUUACUGUAAGAAGGAAAAAAAAGUAAGAAAAAGGGGGACAUGUGACGACAUGUGGAGACCAGAGGGCAGAGCGGGAUCUGAUUGGCUGUCACAUCCAUCCUUCCUUCCUUCCUUCCUCAGUGUUUUCCCCGAGUUAGACAGUUGUGGUUGAUUUAUGAACUUGUAUUCUUGUCAGCGCACUCCAUGACACUCCCGACUCGCUGCUUUUGGUUUUGGUCGACUUUGGAAGAACAAAACAAAUCGGCAUAUUUCUGAGGUCUAGAUGUAAUUUCUAACAAGAGGGAUCGGGUUCAGGACAGAGGGGACUUCAAGUUGGUGCGAUUCUGAGAACAUUUUUGGGAAACUUCAUCAGGAGCUGGAUGAUGCAUGCGUGCAAGAUGUGGGUAUUUGUGUGUGUGCACGAUGGCUGCCAGUGACAAACAAGAGAAUGGAAAAAUGGAUGGAUGGAUGGACGGCUAAGCUGGCUCUUCACUUCAAUGCUGGAACAAACCGCGAGAGGUUUCCACACGACAUGUUCUGACAGUCCCACCUGCUUCCUAUUAAUUAUAUUCAACAACAAAAACACGAGUUACCCGGUAGUGUACAGGCUGUCCUCUCUUUGUGACAUAGCGUAGCAUUUGCGUCAUCUUCUCCUCAGCCCUCCCUACCUGGGCCUACCUUUCUGUGUCCCACCUACUCCCUUCUUUCCACUUCUUCCCCCCCGCUAUAUCCAAAGUUUUGUACAAAAUGUUUUAAAGUGAAUAAUUCCCUUUUUAUUUUAUAAUCGUAAAUGUUAUGUUUUUAUAAAUAUUAUUUAUUAUACAAUGUAUAUAUCUGUAUGACUGAACUAAGAUUAUAUAUUUGAAGAACAAAAACUUGUCUCGUGCUUCUUCAUCCAUUCACAUCUCGUUCACAUUUAAGGUUUUCUGCACAAAUAUCCCAACAAUGAUCCGACAGAGUACUGUGCAGAUCCAUUUGAUUCCUCUGCACCACAGAGCUCCUCUGUUUUCCAGAAACUAUUAAAAUCACAUCACCGAGCUUCACUAUAGCAAUGGAUGGUAUUUUCCUUCAUUACCGUGAACGCACAACGUAGUUUAUUUUAUUCCCUUUGACGUACGCCCUCCUGUUGCUGUAAAUACUCGCUCCAAACACCAAAUCCACCAUGUUUAACCACGCCUGACGUACGUCAGCGGGGUUACUGCAUUCGCUUCGGUAUCUGGCUGGGUAAGUAUGUAUGUCCGGUCAGAUAUCUCUGCAAGUGCUGAAGUCAGGAUAAUCAAACUUGGCACUGAAGAUCAGUUUAAGGUCCCCUGCUCAGUUGUGGAGUUAGAAGUCAGCAGAUCAAGUAGGAAGGGAUAUACGUAGGAUAAUCAAAAUUGAUACAGAGUAUCAUGCAUGGGCGUGGUUCUGCCCUCUACUGGGGACUCGUCUAGUUGAGUCUGCGGCUGAGGAUAUUCCCAGACAAAUGUGUUUAAAUGACGCAAACGCUGCACAACGAGGAAAAUGUGCAACAACACUGUUGAAUAUGACAAUAUGUGGCAAACACUGAGUGAGCAUCGGCUGCACAGUUUCAGUGUUUCUGUUUAAAAAGCUGCACUGCUAACGAAGACGCCGAACGCUGAAUAGCCUAUAUUGACAGGGAAAAUGAUCAAAAUAAACUAUGUAUAUACGCGCUUUUACUGAAUAAACUGCACAUGCGUACCCACUCAGGUAAACAAAGCAUUAAC